GACUGUAUGUACAUAUAAAUAUGUAGGACAGCAGUGUAACCCUCCCUGUCAUGCUCGUUGUCAUCCUCAGUCACACCAGAACAGGUCAUAUCAAGCUUACUCGGCUUCUCUCAACUCUUUUUACUCUCUCCUCUUCCGUCCUCUCCUCUCUCACGAGCCACGACUACCCAUCCUCCCUCAUCAAUAUCAUCUGAUAAAAAGGGUCGUAUCGACAUCUUGCCACCACUUCCAGCACAGCAAACAUGAUUCCCGCUGCUACCCGCGUCGCGGCCCGGAGGCCCUUCUCCGUCAUCAUGUCCCUCCGCACCGCCGCGAGGUCCUUUGAGGCCCAUCCCUUCCAGCGUCUCAGCCUCUCCCAGAAGCCCGCCAAGGCUGACUGGAGCAACGAGGCGAAGCGUGUGGGCAAGCAAGCCGCCAUAUUCUUUCCCGGCAUCGCUAUGCUCCUUGGCUGGCCCAUGGCUGCCAAGCAUGUCUUUAAUGGUCACGUUUGAGCGUCCAUGCGUCAUGCGAGGGCUUGAACAAUUUCCAUCGACCGCCGCAGCGUUGCAUUCAGAAGCGAGCGGAUCUACAAGGUCGUCACAGGCAUUUUUCGGUUGGCAGCGUUGCACAAUGUACAUAUAGGGGCAUGCCAUGGCGUCCAGGGGUGUAUACUAUACAUACGAGACAAGUCUCCUUUGUACUAGGUCUGACUUGAAUCCUACCACU